AUGAGCAAAAAGAAAGUCAUUAAUGUUAAGGAAGCAAAUGGAAUGGACAUUGAGGGAAAUGCUGUUAUUAAGGAAGAAGCUACAAGGUUCUUUAUUCAGCUAUUGGGAGGUAAUGUGGAUACUUCUAAUUCUGAAGCAAGAAGAAACCUGCUAGAAUCCCUUCCUAUGAUCCCCCACCACAUAAUUGUUUUAACCAAUAUCUCCAUUGUUGACCCAUACUUACCCUUAGACUUUGUUGAGGAAAUCAUAGAUAACGCUUUCGAUUUGGGGCUUUCGAUGGUAGACAAUUUUCAGAAUAUGGAAAGAAACAUACUCUCAAUGAUCGUGAAAAUUAGAGUACUUUUUAUCGUACCCUCAAUUGACAGGGACGAGGAGGAGGAAAUUGCUUCUAUCAGAUCAGCAACGAAAUCAUCUAUUGAAGUAUUGAAGAAGGUGACACUCAAACUCGAUGAUUCUUGUUCAAAAAGAGAAUGUGCAAUUUGUUUGGAGACGUUUUGUGCGGGGUUGGAGGUCACUCGCAUGCCAUGCUCGCAUAUGUUUCAUGGCAAUUGCAUUGCCCGAUGGUUGGAGAAGAGUAGCUUGUGUCCCCUAUGCCGCUUUGCCAUGCCUGUUCACUAA